CUGUACCUGCCUGCUAGCUGGAGUGUGUUUGUGUCUAUGUGUGUUUCAUACACAUGUUGGACUAUGACCUUGGACUUUACCUUUGGACUACCUGGGUUUUAGCUAUAGCAGACUUUCCCUGUUUCUUACCUGAGGUAGUUUACCUGGCUUUCACCUGUUGCCGAAGCUCACCAAGUUUUUCAAAGGUACCGUCUCAUACCUGCUGGAGUUAAGCUGUCUCCGGGUGUUGACCUGUGUAUAUCUGACUGACUGGGAGUUACUACCUCCUCUCAUCUGUUGGAAUUCACCUGUUAGAGGGAGCUCAGCACCUGUUAGAGGGAGCUCAGCACCUGUUAGAGGGAGCUCAGUACCUGUUAGAGGGAGCUCAGCACCUGUUAGAGGGAGCUCAGCACCUGUUAGAGGGAGCUCAGUACCUGUUAGAGGGAGCUCAGUACCUGUUAGAGGGAGCUCAGUACCUGUUAGAGGGAGCUCAGUACCUGUUAGAGGGAGCUCAGCACCUGUUAGAGGGAGCUCAGUACCUGUUAGAGGGAGCUCAGUACCUGUUAGAGGGAGCUCAGCACCUGUUAGAGGGAGCUCAGCACCUGUUAGAGGGAGCUCAGUACCUGUUAGAGGGAGCUCAGUACCUGUUAGAGGGAGCUCAGUACCUGUUAGAGGGAGCUCAGCUGUGUAUCAACAAGCGCUUCUCUCUGCUACUGGAGUUUACCUGUGUGAAGGAGUUUACCUGUCUGACUGGAACACCUGUUGGAAUUCUGACCAACUAAUUAAUUGGAGCUUCUCUCUCCUACUGGGGUUCACUUACCUGAGAGUAGAGACCUGCAUCCUCCAGCUGUGUGUGUGUGUGAGCGUGUGUCAGGAUGAUGGAAGAAGUGUCUAUCAGGGUGGCGUUUGACGCCCACAUCGUAGACCAGAUGGCCGAGGAGGAGAUACUCGCCUGCCUGAUGGCCGAGUCUAUACCCAAACACACGGUUCCCAGUAAGAAGGCCAAGCUGAGAGAGAACCAGCCGCAACAACAGAAUGACCACAUAGACAGAUACCAGAGGGAGAACUGUCAGCUGCAGCUGGCCAGUGUCCGUCUGGAGCAGGAGAAUGAUGUUCUGGCCCACAGACUGAUCACCAGCAAGAUCUCCCUGAGGACCGAACUGGACCAGGCGGAGGACAGAGUGGAUGAGCUGACCAAAGAGCUGCUGAAGACCAGAAAGAGAUUGAAGGACGCGGAGGUAGAGAAGAGAGGGAAGGAGGAGGAGGCUGCUCAGUUGAAGGAGGUGUUAAGGAAAGAGCUGGACAAAGCCGAUCCAGAGGUGAAGAGGAGCUCAGGCAUCAUCUCAGACUACAAACAGAUCUGUUCCCAGCUGACCAGUCAGGUGGAGAGACAGCAGGCAGCACAUCAAGAGGACCUGGACAAACUCAGGAAUGCUGUGCUGGCGUGUUCUCGCUGCCGACAGGCUCUAGAUUCUCCUAUCAUGGAAGGCUCCGGUUCCACAGCCCCGGACCAGAGAAGUAUCAGCACCAGAGAACCAGACCAGCAGAGAGACCAGGAAACAGAACAAGACCAGCAGACUACUGGUAGCAGGGAACAAGACCAGGAGAAGGUGUGUCUGAGUGGCCAGGUCACAGAGCUGGAGAAGGAGCUGGCCCAGACUAAACUACAGAUGGUGGAGGCCAAGUGCAAGAUCCAGGAGCUAGAGCACCAGAAGGGGGUGCUGCAACGUGAUCUCCAGACAGCUAGGAACAGCUGGCUCAGUAAGACUGUGAGCUCCAUACGGUCAGCCGGAGGGGGCCUGCAGAGCAGCAGCCUACCCAGGGGGAGAGCCUCGGCGAUGGGGCGUUCUCUCCAUGGCCUUCCCCUCUCAGCCUGGAGUUCCAGGAGACUGUCAUGGGCCCCCAGGGAGGCCCGGGGGGGAGACGUCUGACAGAGAGAUGGAAGGGAGGGGGAGAGACAGCAAGAGGACAGAUUGAGGGUUAUUAUGAUGUUGAGAAGUUCAAGAUGCAAGAAUUUACUUAGACAUUCUGUGGAGAUUUUAUACCAAGUAU